AUGAAUUAAGAUUUUUUAGUGUUGUAAGAGUUUAGAGAAGAUGGUAGAAAAAAAAAUGAGCUGCGUAAAGUAGAUUGCAUAUUAGGAUUUGAUUAAACUGUUGAAGGAUCUUGUAAAUUGAUUUAAGGAUUGACUGAAAUAGUUUGCUUGAUAAAGGGACCUCAUAAUAAAUCAACUAGAAGAGAAUCAGAAGGAUUUUUAAAUGUUUAAUAUAAUGUAGCCCCAUUCAGUGGAACUGAUAGAAGAAAAAUUUCCAAAUUCGAUAAGGAUUGGAACGAAUUCACUGAAAAUUUAAGAGUCAGUUUUGAAAGUGUAAUUCUAACAGAGCAAUUAGGUUCAGGAGAAAUUGAUAUUAUAGUUUCAGUUAUUUAAGCUGAUGGUAGUGCCAAAAGCUCAAUUUUUAAUGCCAUUUCCUUAGCUUUAAUGGAUGCAGGUAUUCCAAUGAAGGAUUUCACUGUAUCUUCAACAGUAAUAAGCUUAAACAGCGAAAUUUUAUUAGAUGCAACAUACUAGGAGUAAAAAAAAGCUAGUGCAGAAUUGAUAAUAUCUUAUUUACCAAGAAGUGAUUAGGUAGAUUUUAUGGAAAUGAAAUCAAGUAAAAUAAGUUAAUAAGAUACUAAAGAGAUGUGUAAAAUUGCGGUUGAUGGUUGUAAAUAAAUGUAUCAAAUAUUAAGAACUUUCGUUUUGGAAAGCUCAGUAAAAACUCUUUUGAGCACAAGAUGA